AUGUUUCUCAAGGAGAUCAUCGCGUGUGUUAUGGGCUCGACCUUCCUCGUGCAGUUUUUCCCGGACAUCUUUUCUCCAACGCGUGCCGUGCAAGGCGCCACCGACCAAGCGCUGCACGCUCCCAUCUUGCUGGCCGAACAGCGCAUCGCCAGUAACAGCUCAGCUCAGCAAAUCGUCUUCCACCCCAGCCAGUUCGAGACGUCCGGCAUGGCGAAGUGGACCGUGUACACUGAUGAGAACGACCGGAUCUACGGCUUCUCCCAAGAAUAUCCCUCUUCCUUCCUCCGCGACCUGAACCGCGCCUUCGGUGACCUCUUCACUGUCUUCAUCCAACACUACCGCGUCUUUCUCGUCCUCCUCCUCGUACUCAUCGCCUUGAACGCGUGCCGUCGCACUUUCCUCGCAUGGCCGUUCCUACGCCUCAAGACCCUCAUCUGGGGCAACACUCCCGCACCGGAACCCACACCGGCCGUACCCGACGUCCUCAUGCGACAGUUGUCAGCACUCCCCAACCAGUUCAAAAGCUUAAGCAAGACCAACCAGAACGACGUGAACCACCUCCAAGAUUUCAACAAGUAUAUCAGCGAACGUCUGGACAGUGUUCAAGAAGACAAGAUCAACGAGACACAAGCAGUUGAGAUCUUCCGUGGUCUAUCAUCGGACACGAUCACUCGAGUCACGCACGCUGAAGGUCAACUGAAAGACCUUUUGUCGGAAGGCACAACAACUUCCUCGAAGGUACAAGAACUUGAAUUCCAGAUCAAGGAUACCAAGAGGAGCCUCUCCAAGCGGGUCGGGCUAGUGGAAACUGAGUUGAAAUCCUCUACUCAGGACACUGUUUGGGGAGAAAUCAGAAAGCUGACGCACCGGGCGGGCGAUUUCGACCUUGCGAAACGUGCCCAGAAUGUUCUCCUUGGCUUCAUGUUCCGGGUUGUCGCAGCUGAAUUCAGGGGAAAGAAAGAGACGGAUACCCGAGUGAACUCCCUUGCCAAGAACCAAAAGAAGCUCAAUGAGGGUCUUGAGAAGCUGCAGAGCUCGCUGAACUCUCUUCAAGGCAAUGGCGAUGACAUGUCCCAGGAGCUGAAAGACGAGUUGGAAUCCAUUCGAGGCCUCCUUGCAGCUUUGGGUCCUCGGGUGAAGGGCACUGAAGACCAGCUGGAGCUUAUUGGCGCUGGCAGCACUUCCGCGGAGAUUUGGAAAUUGCUUCCGACGCUUCACUCGGCAUUCAAUGACCUCUGGAAAGCCGUCAAGGCAUUGGAUUAUAAGCUGGACGGAGUCGCUGGCCUGAAAGCACAGCAGCAAGAGCAUGAAGCGGCCCUUGUCGACCACCAGAAGCGGCUCGAAGCCCUCGAGAGGAACGCGGCGCCUCCGGCGGCUGGCAUCACCAAGGCUGAGGUGGAGAGAAUGAUCAAAGCGAGUGAGGACCGGUCUCGCAAUGAAGCCGAAAAAAUCCAGCAGCAGAUGCACGAGGAGCUUGAGGUGGAGAAAGCCAAACACGAAUCAUUCCGGGAAAGGGUUGAAGAUUAUAUGCUUCAGGCCGGCACACACUUCGCGACUCUGCAGGAGGAUGUUGCCGACGCCACGUUCGAGAAAUCAGAACGAGGCCAACGCAUCACCAUUCUUGAGGAGAAAGUGAAGGAGCAAGACAAGGCGAUAGAGGCACAAGCCAAGGCCCUUCGAGAGCGUAUCUGUCCUUGCUCCAUCUGCUCCCAAGGCCCUGCAGGAAGGGCACAUACUGUCUCGGCCGCUGGUGUCGCGGUCGAAGCUCCUGUUUCUCAACCUUCCGCCGCCUCUUCCGCUCCUCCCGCUCCCGCGCCGGCAAUCCUGCCUGAGGCUCCAAGAGCUGAAUCAGUGGCAAUGCCAGCCGCGGAUGCGCAUAUGCAGGAUGCUCCCGCCGCCCCUUUUGUGCCUCUACCUCCGUCAUCGGCAGCUCUGCCUGAGGUGGCCGUGGUGGAACCCGCGCCUCAGGCACCUGCAGUUGAGGACCUCCGCGACGUUCAGGAGGACAGCUAUGUCGGCGAUGGACCAGUUGGAUCCUCCUCCGUCAGGGCUCCAAUGGCCGCUCAGGCCCGGCCGCGAGGUAUCAAGAGGCCAGUGCGGUAUUCUCAGCGUGGGAGGCACGCACCGCGGACGGACACAACCGAAGCGGUUGCUACGCCUGCUCCUCGAUUCCAAGCUCCUGAGGGAUACGCUCCGGCUGUGUUUUCAGCCCCUGUCGAGACUCCUGCGUUUGUCGCGCCUUCUGGGAUUCCCUCGUUUCCUCCGGCUACCGGGCUCCCUCUACCUCCUGCGGCGGUUGAGGCCGCUGCGUCUGCCACCAUUGCUGGGUUUACUGCUCCUGGUGGAACUCUCACUCGAGGCACGUUUCCUCCUCCUACCACGCCUCUUGCGCCUCUCGGGUUUUCUGCGCUUCCACAAUUUCCCGCUCCUCCCGCGCCUUCUACUCCCGCCGAAGCUUCUCCUGUGGCGGCAACUUCUCCUCCAAACAGCGCUUCUUUACUCUCUGCGGAGCAGAUCCAGGCGCUGCAGGGCCGCAACAAUACGCAUCUUGCUCCGCAGCCUGCGUUCAUUCAGCCCACUCUCAAUCCUGCGUCGAACUUUAGAGUGGUUCCGCUUAACGCCGGCGCCUCAUACUUGGAAUCGCAGCCAUGGUCUCCAUCGCCCACCAUGCCCCAGGCGAACCAGUUCCAGACUGCUGAGCCCCCAUCGAUCGCGUCACCGCAGCUGGAUGAAGACCGGGACGCUGAAGGGGAGCCAGACUAUGAGAUGCCGGAUCGAGCCGAUGACGACCGUCCUGAACAGGCUGAUCAAGCGCGUGCUCCGAAAAGCCCAGAUUGGGCUGCGGCUGCGCAACAAACUAUCGUGGAUGAGCCUGACGAGUUUGAUGUGCCCGAAACCCCCACUCAGCCUUCCACGAGCGCUCCUCUGAAUCAGCCAUCCGUUUUGCCAUCGAGGGCGACCGUGAUUGACCUGACUCAAGAGGAUAUUGAUGAGCACUUUCGGGGCGCAACGCCAACGGCACAGGAUGGUCCAUCCGACACCAUCAUGGGGGAUUCUGAGCCAGUUUCGCUGGAUCCACAACCAGCGACCCAGGCGGACCAGCAAACGGGGCAGGUCGGCUUAUAUGCGGACGACGACAUGAUGGGCACAGACCAGCCGGACCAGCGAGCCGGCCAAUUCGACUCUCCUAUGACGGACGAUACACCCGCUGAACAGGGUCCUUGGUCGAGUGCACAGAUGAACGUGCAACCACCGCAGCCGACUUCCCAGACAAACCCUAUGUAUGGGAAUCUUCCAGGACUAGGCAUGGGUAGAUGGACUCCUCCUCAUAUGCGGCAGCAGAACGUUCAGCCGAGUCCUGUUGGAGGAGUGCAAGGGCAAGGAUUCAGCCCUCAGACGCCAAUGCAGUCGAUGCAGCAGACUACACAGUCCAACUCCUUCCAGAACGCUGGGCCAAGCACACAGACAACGGCGCAGCCACGAUACCUGCAGUCGGACCCUUUUGCAGCGUACUUUGAAACCGUAGGGAGCCGACAGACCCCAGUGCAGAUGCAACAGCAGAAUGCACAAUACGCUGGACCAAGCACGCAGCCGACAGGGCAGCCUCAGCAGCAACCCUCCCAGCGCAACAUCUUCGCGGGUUUGCCAGGCUUCGGGUCAAGCACGCAGACUCCAUCUCAACCGCAACAGGCCGCGCAGCCUGGCCCCUCCGAGCAAGCUCCCCGGAUGUACACACGAAUAGUCAAUGGCAUGGUCUUCACAACGUCACGGCCACCGGCUCCAGUCGACUUCGAGGAGGAUAUCGAACUCGAAUGA